AUGACAACCACUAGCGUUGCCAUGCAAUCUCGGCCCGCGAUCAAGCUAAAUGAAAUCACAGAGUUGCCGUCUAACAAGAGGAAAGCAUCCGACAGAUUAAAAGAUGGUGUUGCACACCGUCAGAAGAUUACCAGAGCCUGUGACUCAUGUAAAGUAAAGAAAACCAGGUGCACGGGUACUCUACCAUGCACAAGAUGUACACGACUGUCACUGCCAUGCAAAUACAACGCCGCAUACUCUCGGGGGUUACCACCAGACCCUCUUCCUGCAUCGCCGAGUCCACUGACCCCGACUGGUCGUGCACUACAGGAUAUGGAUAGGCAAACCUCAACCAGCCCCAAUCUACAGGGAAAUGAUCGGGACUCGGUUGUGACCGACAAUCUACUUCCCAACAAAAACCAGCACCAGCAUGUGAUAUCAACACGGAACUCACCAGAGCCAGGAUCAACCGAUUUCGAGGGUAAUUACCUCGGUCCUGCAUCCGGCGUGUCGUUUAUCAAUCGCGUGUGGAGCCGUCUGCAUCAAGAUGAAACGACGCACUAUCCGGAUGAGCUCCAAAAUGAGUCCUCGCGGAAUACAGCUGUCUUCAUGUUUGGCGACAAGCCUUACUCAAAUUCCCAAGAGGCAGAGUUUACCCUCCCGUCUCUGGAAAAGGCACUGGAGCUGGUGGGAAUAUACUUCGAUUACUCGAUGGUGACUUAUCGGUUCGUGCACAGGGGCAAUGUGGAAGCGUGGACUAGACAGGUUUACCAAAAUAACAUCGGUCUCUCUAACCUCCCCGUGGGGAAUAUGGUGGCUCGGACUGCUAUAGUUCUCAUUAUAAUUGCUGUGAGUACUUUGUACGUGGAAAUGAGGCCUGGGGGAAUGCAUGGUGGGCAGGGUGAGAGACUAGAAAGUGAGCGCUGGUAUGCAGCGUCGAAAUACAUGUCUUCCCUCGAGUCAGGGCCGCCACGAUUGGAAACCAUCCAGGCCCGACUGGGUCAAUGUCUAUAUUUGCUGUCAUCGUCACGGGCUAACGAAUGCUGGUACUCAUUCGGCACGACAAUGCAGAUUGUGACUGCACUCGGACUACACAGGAAACAGCCAGCCAAAGUCUCAAAUAACAGGUGCUCUUAUCUAGAAUUGGAGCUCCGCAAGCGCAUUUUCUGGAGUGUGUACACUCUAGACAAAUACCUAAGCAUUAUGUUUGGAAGACCCCGACUGCUUCACGACGAGGACAUCGACCAAGAACUACCGAACGAGACGAACGACGAAGAUUUACUUGAAGAAGAUCCGACUCGAAGAACAGGAUCCACGGACAGCAUGAUGAUUGCCUCUAUACUUCAUUACCGACUCGGUCGAAUUCUAGGCGAUAUAUCCCGCCAACUAUAUAGUAUAAACACCCUCCCUCGAGACUCCCCCCUCGAGACCGCAAUCCGCCUAACCGCCGAACUCGAAAAAUGGAAAGAAACCGCGCCCCCGUUAUUCAACAGUGUUCACCCAACCAGUCUCAUCCCGCCUCUUUGCCGCCAAAGCCAAGUCCUUCAACUCGCCUACUCUCAUGCCAUGAUUCAUGUCACUCGCUCGUUCCUCUUGAACGAUUUCACAGACCUCAGCCGCAGACCGACAGUCCCACACCCGAUGGUCAGCCCGCACGUCCAGAAAUGUAUCCAGGCUGCUGAGGACAUCAUGACGAUAGUCGACGGCCUUGCGCAUCAGGGUGUGCUUAUUCAGUCCUUCUGGUUCACACACUACGUGGGCUUCUGUGCUGUUUUGGUCGUUUACAUCCAUACGAUUCAACAGCAUCGUAAAUCAUUGGACGGGUCUAGCUCAGCCUCGGUCUCUUCGGUCGGAAGUCCCGAUGACCCAGAUAAAUUGCGCCAAAUUUUUUCUCUUGCUGAAUCUUGUCAGCAACACCUUGCCGAAGCCACGCGCAAGAACUGUCCAAGUCGUCGCUAUGGCAUUAUUCUGGAGGAGCUGAGACGGGAAGUUCAUCGACAGAUUGGACCCAAUGGACUCGUUGAAAAUGGGGCUCAUUCUUCUGGUGAAAAUGAUAAUUCAUAUGUCUCGGGGGAAGUUUCACAAAAUACUGAUGUGAAAUCUGUCUACUUUGACCCCCAGAUGGUUGAUUUUAUGAUGCAACCAUCCGAUGUGAUGGUAAAUGCCGGAGACGAUGCAGGCUUCCUUGAGAGCUUCGAGGGAUCUAUCUGGUGGGCUCAGCUUGACUCAUGGGCUUUGUCUAAUCUCCCUAAUGACUCAUCUUCAUUUAGCAUUUAA